AGGAGCCUUGACCAUGUUUUGCUGGAGGAUGGCUCUGUGGCUGGCUGGGGUGACCCUCUGGAACAAACUCUGCCGCUCCCGUUGCUCCGGCUUGGAUUUCGACUACGUUUACGAUUUCAGCCCCCCGGAGGAUCAGGCUGAAGCCAUAGAUUACAAAGAUCCUUGCAAAGCCGCUGUCUUUUGGGGAGACAUUGCCUUAGAUGUUGAAGACUUAAAAAUCUUUCAGAUUGAUAGGACAAUUGAUCUUACACAAAAUUCAGAGGGAAAAAAUGGACAUAAUACUGGUGGCUUUGAAGAACGUGGGGUGUCAAAGAAAAGCAAUGUUCUCUAUCAGCUUAUAGACAGGAUAAGACGAAUUGAGUCAGAUUUUGAACAAAAUAAUAAAACAAAAGCAAGACCAACUUUAACAUUCUCAGGGAACAAUGAGAGAAAACGAUUUUCCCGGGCAGCUACAUCGCGCACAGAAAGAAUAUGGCCAGGAGGUGUUAUUCCAUAUGUCAUAGCAGGAAAUUUCACUGGCAGCCAACGAGCCAUGUUCAAGCAAGCAAUGCGACACUGGGAAAAAUAUACCUGCGUUACAUUCAUUGAACGAAGUGAUGAAGAAAGUUACAUAGUGUUUACAUACCGGCCUUGUGGGUGCUGCUCCUAUGUGGGCCGAAGAGGCAAUGGUCCUCAAGCAAUCUCUAUUGGCAAGAAUUGUGAUAAGUUUGGAAUUGUUGUUCAUGAAUUGGGACAUGUAAUAGGAUUUUGGCAUGAGCACACAAGACCAGACAGAGAUGAUCAUGUUGCCAUCAUCAGAGAGAACAUUCAACCAGGUCAGGAGUACAACUUUUUGAAGAUGGAGCCUGGAGAAGUGAAUUCUCUGGGAGAACCGUAUGAUUUUGAUAGCAUUAUGCACUAUGCCAGGAACACCUUCUCAAGGGGUAUGUUUCUGGAUACCAUACUUCCUUCCCGUGAUGAUAAUGGGAUCCGACCGGCCAUUGGUCAGCGCACACGAUUAAGUAAAGGAGAUAUUGCACAAGCCAGAAAACUGUACAGAUGUCCAGCAUGCGGUGAAACUCUGCAAGAAUCUACAAGCAACUUUUCAUCUCCAGGGUUCCCAAAUGGUUAUCCUUCAUACACACAUUGCAUAUGGAGAAUUUCAGUGACUCCUGGAGAGAAGAUUGUUCUAAACUUUACAACAAUGGACCUCUAUAAGAGCAGCCUGUGCUGGUAUGACUACAUUGAAGUAAGAGAUGGCUACUGGAGGAAAUCUCCUCUGCUUGGCAGAUUCUGCGGAGAUAAACUCUCAAACAUCCUCACAUCUAGUGAUAGUAGAAUGUGGAUUGAGUUCCGUAGCAGCAGCAACUGGGUAGGAAAAGGAUUUGCAGCCAUUUAUGAAGCAAUUUGUGGAGGUGAGAUACAUAAAAAUGAAGGCCAGAUCCAGUCGCCCAAUUAUCCCGAUGACUAUAGACCAAUGAAAGAAUGUGUGUGGAAAAUAACAGUGUCUGAGAACUACAAUGUCGGAUUAACCUUUCAGGCAUUUGAGAUUGAGAGACAUGAUAAUUGUGCCUAUGAUUAUUUAGAAGUCCGAGAUGGAUUGAGUGAAAGUAGCCCUUUGAUUGGCCAUUUUUGCGGCUAUGAUAAACCCGAAGAUAUAAGAUCUACCUCAAAUACCCUGUGGAUGAAGUUUGUUUCUGAUGGGACAGUCAAUAAAGCAGGAUUUGCUGCUAAUUUUUUUAAAGAGGAAGAUGAAUGUGCCAAAUUGGACAAUGGUGGAUGUGAACAACGAUGUGUGAAUACGCUGGGCAGUUAUCAAUGUGCUUGUGAUCCAGGUUAUGAGCUUGGGCCUGAUAAGAAGAGUUGUGAAGCUGCCUGUGGGGGUCUUUUGACAAAGCUGAAUGGGACUCUAACAUCACCAGGAUGGCCCAAAGAAUACCCCCCUAAUAAAAACUGCGUGUGGCAACUUGUUGCUCCCACCCAGUACAGAAUCUCAGUGAAGUUUGAGUUCUUUGAACUGGAAGGGAGUGAAGUGUGCAAAUACGAUUAUGUGGAAAUUCGUAGUGGCCUUUCUACUGAUUCUAAACCACAUGGUAAAUUUUGUGGUACAGAAGUGCCUGAAGUUAUCACAUCCCAGUAUAACAACAUGAGAAUUGAGUUCAAAUCCGAUAACACGGUUUCAAAAAAAGGUUUCAAAGCUCACUUCUUCUCAGAUAAAGAUGAAUGUUCAAAGGACAAUGGUGGCUGCCAGCAUGAAUGCAUUAACACUUUUGGAAGCUAUGUUUGCCAAUGUCGGAAUGGAUUUGUGCUUCAUGAAAACAAACAUGACUGCAAGGAAGCUGAAUGUGAACAGAAAAUCCACAGCCCAAAUGGAAUUAUCACGAGCCCCAACUGGCCAGACAAAUACCCAAGCAGAAAGGAAUGCAGCUGGGAAAUAAGUGCCACACCUGGUCACAGGGUCAAAAUAGUAUUUAUUGAGUUUGAAAUUGAACAACAUCAGGAAUGUGCCUAUGACCAUCUGGAGGUGUUUGAUGGAGAAAACGAAAAAUCGCCAAUUCUGGGGCGUUUAUGUGGAAAUAAGAUACCAGAUCCUCUUAUUGCCACAGGAAAUAAAAUGUUUCUUCGGUUUGUCUCUGAUGCAUCAGUUCAAAGAAAAGGCUUCCAAGCAACCCAUUCAACAGAAUGUGGUGGUCGCCUGAAAGUUGAAAGCAAAAUGAGAGACCUUUACUCUCAUGCUCAGUUUGGAGAUAAUAAUUACCCAGUUCAAGCAGAUUGCGAGUGGUUGCUGGUGUCAGACCAUGGCUAUCGAAUAGAGUUAUUUUUUCAGACAUUUGAAGUGGAAGAAGAGGCAGACUGUGGCUAUGACUACUUAGAAGUCUUCGAUGGUCACGAUACAUCUGCUCUGAGGAUUGGCCGGUUUUGUGGAUCAGGGCCCCCGGAAGAAAUUUAUUCAGCUGGCGAUUCUGUUUUACUCCAUUUUCAUACAGAUGAUACAAUUAACAAAAAAGGCUUUCAUAUACGAUACAAAAGUAUAAAAUAUCAAGAUAAUGUUCACACUCAGAAAUAACACAAGACACCCCUUAAGUCACAAAAUGAAGCAGAGAAUGACUGUUUGAAUGGGUGGAGGGAUUCUUUUUUUAAAUAAAAAAAUACUGACAAUAUUAGUAAAAAGCAAAGUUUUUUUUUUUAGCCUAUUAUUUCAAACAAGAAAAAUGGAAACAUCUCACUUUUAGAUAAACUCCUCUAUGCAGAGGAACAGAC